AUAUAUUCCCAAACACGACACAAGAAGACGUCAUCAACAUGAUUCCUCCUUUUAUACACACUUCUGACUUCUCAUUUCUAUAGCUUGAAUGCCUCGAUGCUCUUAAACUAUUGGGCUGUCACACAAACUUCCGUAACCGACGUGUAACUCUCACAAACCUCAGCACAUUACGUUUGAACGAAUCUGAGAGAUGAUGGAGUUGAGUUUGUACCUUUGGAUCUGAAAUGGGUCUCGUUGAUUUCAUAGCGUUGACAUUAGGAGCACUUUUUCUCUUCAAAGCUUUCGAUUUCACUUUCUGGCUCUCCUUCUUCUGCUUCAUUUGAUCUUGCUGCUCACUGUUUCUUUCGAAUCUCUGUUACCAUGAAGAAGAAGCUCGAUACCCGUUUUCCUGCUGCUCGGAUAAAGAAGAUAAUGCAAGCGGACGAGGAUGUUGGAAAGAUAGCACUGGCUGUGCCUGUUUUAGUUUCUAAAGCUCUAGAGCUAUUUCUGCAAGAUCUUUGUGACCGUACUUAUGAAAUUACUCUUCAAAGAGGAGCAAAAACCAUGAAUUCAUUGCAUUUAAAACAUUGUGUACAAAGCUAUAAUGUCUUUGACUUUCUGAAGGAUGUAGUAAGCAAGGUUCCCGACUACGGCCAUGGUCAUGGCCAUACUGAUGCUGGUGCUGCUGACGAUCAGGCCAUUUCAAAAAGAAGAAAAGCUAUAGGUGAUGAUUGUAAUGACAGUGAUGAAGAAGCUAAGAGGGGCAAGAUGGUUGAGUUGAGCCACGCUAGCCCUACUGGUAGGGGCAGAGGCCGAGGUAGAGGAAGAGGCCGUGGUCGAGGUCGAGGAUCUCGAGCUACACUAAGAGAGGGACAUCUUCCGGAGACUGAAUCUGAACCCUUUCCGCCUGUUCAACAAGUUAACCAGCAUACUACAGAUACAAAUGUGGAGGGUAAACACGAUGACGUGACUCACUCGGAGUCAAAGGAGGAAUUACCAAAGGAGAACAUUGUGGCUCCUGUUGAAAAUUCCGACUCACUCCGUAACAUCGAUCUGAAUGCCAAUAUGAACGAAACCGAUGACAAAAAGGCCAGCGCAGUUGCUAAUCCUGCUCCCGCAGCCACUAAUCCCGCUCCGACAACCGCUAAUACCUCAUUGUCUGAACCACCUCAUAUAGACGACAGCAAUCAUGAAGAAAUGCCGGGCUGGUCCCUUUCUGAGGUGGACAAGAUGGCCAUCGAUUCGAUGCAGCUUGCACAACUCGGUACGCGAAUGGAAGAGGAUGAUGAAGAUUAUGACGAAGAAGGUUAAAUUGUGUAGUCUUUCGGCGGGAGAUUAGAUUAGCUAAAAAAAGCUCACUAUAAGUGUAGAACAAGUAUAUACUAGUGCUGUGAUUUGUCAUAACAUGUCUUAUGUUGACCUAAAAAAAGAAAGGUUCUGAAUGUCCUUUUGUUCGAUCUGGUUUGUUUAAGUUAGCACAUGUUCUCUGUAGCUGAUGUAUCUUCCCUUAACCACUUAGGUUGGUGUACUUUUAGGCCUUGUAGUGUAUAUUAUUAGAAUUCCAUAUGUAGUAAAAUUUAUGCAUCCAAAACUAGUAUAUUGGAAUUUGCAAGUAACUACAUUACUAUUUAUUCAAGUUUUAGGUGUAAUGAUC